GUGAGGAGCCUCAUGUGGAACCAGUGGCUAUGUGAAUUCGAGGUGGAACAGGGGAUUUCCAUUUGAAAGGUGAAGAAACAGCUGCAUGAAUACUAGCCAAUCCACAGCCUGGCACUCUCAGAGAACUCAGGCACUGACCUGCAGAAGUUUCUCUGGAGAGACUUGAACCAUUGGGAGGUGUUAUCUGAGCAGCAACCUCCUAUCCUGCUUCCUGGAUGAGAGAUAAGCCCAGCUUUUGUGAGAUGAAUGUGCCCAGCCCUCAGCCAGGCCAGGCACCCAUGUUCCUGUGGCUGCUGCUGUUGAUCCUGGCUCCUGGAAGAGAACAACUGGGAACCCCUCCAAAGGCUGCCCUUCUCCUCGAUCCCCCAUGGUCCACGACCUUCAAAGGCAGUAAAGUGAUUCUCAUAUGCAAAGAUUUCCAUUCCCCAGCCUCGAGAGAUGUAUUUUGGUAUCAUGAUGGGAAUGUCUGGAAAACAGAAUCUAACAAGAUCCAAACUGAACAUUCUGGAUAUUACCAAUGCAAAACACGAGGAUCUUCCCUCAGUGACCCCGUGCACUUGGAAUUUUCAGAUGACUGGCUGAUUCUGCAGGUUUCACACCCUGUCUUUGAAGGAGAUGACGUAGUCCUGAGAUGCCAGGGGAAAAAAGAAGAGAAGACAAGUAAGAAGGCGUACUAUAAGAAUUAUAAACGACUUCCUGACAAUAACGACCCAGAUUGCAUCACACUAAACUCAGUCUCCAGGGACAAUGGUAAAUACUAUUGUACUGCUAUAAGGCAAACAUUCAUAAUUUCAUGGACAGAAACCUCAACACCUCUUAACAUCCAAGUUCAAGAGCUGUUUCCACAGCCUGUGCUGACAGCGAGCCCCACUCAGCCUACUGAAGGGGGUCUAAUGACCCUGACCUGUGAGACCCAGGUCCAUCCACAGAAGUCAGAUGUCCAGCUCCACUUCCAGUUCUACAGAGAUGACCAGGGCCUGCAACCAGGCUGGAGUAGCUCCCCAGAUUUCCAGAUCCCCACGAUGAGGAAGGAAGACUCAGGCUCUUACUGGUGUAAGGCAAAGGCAGUAAACAACAACAUCAUCAAAAAGAGCGCAGGAUUCCAGAUACAUGUGCAGAGAAUCCCUGUAUCUGAGGUGAAUCUAGAGAUCCGGCCCCAUGGGGGGAACCUGACUGAAGGAGAAGACAUGGUCCUUAUCUGCUCAGUGGCCAAUGGCACAGGGGCCGUCACAUUCUCCUGGCAUCGAGACGGAACAGUGAGUCUGGGCAGAAAGACCCAGCAUUCCCUCUUAGCAGAGCUGCAGGUGCCUGCUGUGAAGGAGCACCAUGCUGGGAGAUACUACUGUGCAGCUGACAACAAUCACGUUCCAAUCCUCAGCAAGUGGAUUACAGUCACCGUGAGAAUACCAGUGUCUCGCCCUGUCCUCACCUUCAGGGCCUCUGAGGCCCGGACUGUGGUGGGGGACGUGGUGGAGCUGCACUGUGAGGCCCCGAGAGGGUCUCCUCCAAUCCUGUACCGGUUUUAUCACAAGGACGUCACCUUGGGGAACAGCUCAGCCCCCACUGGAGGAGGAGCCGCCUUCAACUUCUCCCUGACAGCAGCACAUUCUGGAAACUACUCCUGUGAGGCUGACAAUGGCCUGGGGGCCCAGCGCAGUCACAGAGUGAGUCUCACUGUCAUAGUUCCAGUGUCUCGCCCUGUCCUCACCCUCGUGGUCCCUGGGGCCUGGGCUAUGGUGGGAGACGUGGUGGAGCUGCACUGUGAGGCCCCGAGAGGGUCUCCUCCAAUCUUGUACUGGUUUUAUCACGAGAACAUCACCUUGGGGAACAGCUCAGCCCCCACUGGAGGAGGAGCCACCUUCAACCUCUCCCUGACAGCAGCACAUUCUGGAAACUACUCCUGUGAGGCUGACAAUGGCCUGGGGGCCCAGCGCAGUGAGGUGGUGACAUUCAACUUCACAGGUGCUUCCAAGAGCAGAAUAGGCCUCGUCACGGCAGGAGCCAGUGGGGGACUCAUCGUUGGUCUUGCCUCUGCUACCGCUCUGCUGCUCCACCUCAGGACCCGGAGGAAAUCGGGAGGACCUUCUGCCCCUGGCACAUCCAGGACCUCCAACAUACACCCCCAAGAGCUUUCCUAUUCUGAGCCACCAGACAUGAUGGAGUUCCAGCCUGUGUAUAAUGUAGAUCAUAGAGAGAGUGACCUGGUUUAUUCCCAGAUCUGGAUCACUCAGAAUGCAAAUAAAAAUCCAGCAGAUUCACCAAGGAUGCCCCACCAGGUUACGGAACCCACAGUCAUUUACUCCGAGUUGAAGGCACACACAGAUGACUGUGCCGAGAAGUCCAGCAGGAAAGGCAGUGCCCAUGAAGAUGCUACAGACAAUUACGAGAACGUCCUGAGUGCAUCAGCAGCCUUGAGGCACUAGCCCUUGCCAGAGCGUUGCACAGAGACCCCUCAGGGGGAAAGCCUGCGCUGUUCUCCCAGUUCUCUCCAACCUGCUCCCUCCCAGACUUGCAGACGCCUCCAGCCUGGGCUGCAAGGAACAAAGGCUUGGCAGAAGGUCCGCCAACCUCCUCUAGACCUGACUGUGUGUCCCAGGGGGACAGAAGGAGCAGCAUCUGAGCAAGUGCUGGGUUCUUCUCACAGUGGAGACCCACAGGGGACAGGGGCCUCAGCUCCUAGGGCUGUGGAACACAGGAGGAGGAUGGUCUAGCCUGGGUCACAAGGACACUGUCACCACCACUGGAUCUGUGCGACUGAAAACUCUUCAUGGGCUAUAUCUAUAUAAAUAAUUUGUUCCAGGCGGGCGCCGCGGCUCAAUAGGCUAAUCUUCCACCUAGCGGCACCAGCACACAGGGUUCUAGUCCCGGUCAGGGUGCUGGAUUCUUUCCCGGUUGCCCCUCUUCCAGGCCAGCUCUCUGCUGUGGCCAGGGAGUGCAGUGGAGGAUGGCCCAAGUGCUUGGGCCCUGCACCCCAUGGGAGACCAGGAGAAGCACUUGGCUCCUGCCUUCGGAUCAGCGCAGUGCACCGGCCGCAGCGCGCCAGCCGUGGCGGCCAUUGGAGGGUGAACCAGCGGCAAAAGGAAGACCUUUCUCUCUGUCUCUCUCUCUUUCAGUCCACUCUGCCUGUCAAAAAAAUAAAUAAAUAAAUAAAAUAAAAUAAAUAAACAAUUUGUUCCAAA